AACCUAUCCCCCCUACCGCCGCGCACCGCCCUUAUACCCUGCGGUGAUAGGAAUUGGUGCGAUCGUAGCGGAGAGAAAAAUGGAUUCGUUCUCGUCUUCGCCAUCGAUGGGGUCUUCGUCUUCGUCGGGCGUGUCGACCGAAGCCCUAAUGGACCAGAUCAAGACCCAGCUCGCCCAGGCCUACGCCCAAGAGUUCCUCGAGACCGUGGGAAACAAAUGCUUUGCGAAGUGCGUCACGAAGCCAGGUACGAGCUUGAGUGGAAGCGAGAGCAGUUGCAUCUCCCGCUGCGUGGAUCGCUACAUUGAGGCAACGGGUAUUAUUGGCAGAGCUCUUUUUAGUUCCCCUCGUUAGUUUCGUUAACCCUUUGGAAAUAUUUUUCUGCCAUUUGUCGCAAGUUUAUCAGAAGUUUGCCGUUUGCAGAAGAUUGAGGUUGCUUUUGGAGGUAAUUCCUAUCUCUGAAUUAACUCCAUCCUCUGAUUGGGACAUUCCUCGCGAGUUAUUAUAUGCAUGAUCUCCUUCUUUAGCUUUUUAAUUAAUGCUUCAAUUUCUGCUGAAACCACCGAAACUCUGUUGCUAAUGCGCAUAUUGUUUCGAAACAAAAAUUUUGAAGUUA